AUGUCUCAACUCUUAGGGAGAACGUUGGUCUAUUUCAAGGGCCUGGUAGAGUAUCAGUUAGCCAACCCGUUCGUCGCUCCUGUCUGGGGCUAUGUUUUCUGUGCUAUCCUUAUUCAGCAGAUCGCGACCAGAUGGUACAGAUAUUAUAGAUCAUGGGUCAACGUCCCGGUAGUUGGAGGCCAUGGGCUCAUUGGGUCUUGGAUUGCAGCAUUCCGGUGGACAGUGCAAGCAAGAUCAUUAAUCGAUGAAGGCUAUCAGAAGCACAGUGACUUCGCCUUUCAAGUAUCAACUCCAACUCGGUGGGAAGUGUUUAUCUGCAAUGAUGCAAUGGUGCGCGAGUAUCGCAAUUUCACCGACGAACGCUUCUCGGCGAAUGCAUUAUUCGAAGCGAAGUAUACCGUCCCGGGCGCGGCAGAGGGUGUGCAUAAAAUACCUGUCCCGAUUGUGGCAAAGGCCCUGACCUGGCAGCGCACUCGGGCUGCAACCAAAAGCGACCCAUAUUUUGAGGAGUUUGUGAAAGAGCUCCAUCACGCCUUCGACGCGGAGACCAUGUUUGGCGAUGAAGAUUGGAACGACCUUUGCUGUUUCGCGACGGGAACCAGGAUUGUGGCCCAUCUAACAGCCAAAUCCCUGGUAGGGUACCCUUUGUCUCGAGAUACGGAGCUCAUUGAUCUAUUCGCAGAGUACGGCAAUGCAGUGCCAACCAGUGGGUUCUUUAUUGCUAUGUUUCCAGAGGUUUUGAAGCCGUUAGCUGCGAAAUUUUGCAGUGCUCCGAAGAUAUCAGCGCGGCUUGAUAGGAUUGAUAUUACGGAUUGGAUUUCAUUCUGGACUCGUACCGACCCUGGGACAUACACCGACCGAGACAUUGCUCGGUCCGUGGCAUCAGCCGUGUUUGGUGCCAUCCAUACUACUACGCAGGUGAGCUUUGUCAAAGAAUGUCAGCGGUUUAACCCCCUUGAUGCAGGUUCUCUUGCGCGACGCGCUACAAAAGACUACACGUUCAGUAACGGUCUCCGCAUUCCUGAAGGAACGUUCGUCUUCACACCAAAUGCACCCGUCCUCUUCGACGAGAAACAUUAUCCGGAUGCCCGGCAAUUCGACGGCUAUCGAUUCUACCGGCUGGGAAGGGUUACAGGACGACCACAUGAUUACAAAUUCAUUGCCGCCAACCCCAAAUACCUCCAAUUCGGAGAUGGGAGACAUAUAUGCCCCGGCCGAUUCAUUGCAGCAGACGAGAUCCGUCUCCUGCUAGCGCAUAUUCUUGUGAACUACGACAUCAGACCGAAAGAUGACGGCGAGCGCCCGCCUAAUUGGACCUUCAAGAAGAUUUUGUUCCCGGACAUGAAAGGAAUGGUGCAAUUGAAACGGCGGCCGGUUCCUACUUCCCACACUAACUAG